AUGGCUGCGCCAAGUCUCCUUCAGACAAAGUCGCAGGAGAGCAUCUUAUUAUCCCCUCAAACACCCCACAUCCAAACCACUGACUUGACAUACGGCGAGCGCAUCGAUUGUCCCUUUCUCACCCUCACAGCAGCGUUCUACCACCACGUCCAGCACUACCCGGACACAGUCGCGGCAAGGGAUCUCUCGUUGCAGCCGCCCCUGGAAACCACAUAUGCGCAACUAGGCAUGCUCUCCCAAAGCCUAGCACACCGUCUCCACAACCUUGGCGUCAGGCCCGGGGACCGCGUACCGCUGGUUGUUACACGAAGUACUGAGAUGCUGGUCGGCAUCUUUGCCAUUCUUAGCUGCGGCGCGCAGUACGUCCCGCUAGACGGAGGCGUCGUCCCGGAUACGACGCUCCAGCUCGUACUGAAGCAGACGCAGGCGAAGGUGGCCUUAUGCUUAAGAUCUACGGCGAGACGAGUCACUGCGAUGAAGGAUGUCCAAUGCCAGAUCGUGCUGAUUGAUGUAGAGCUCGAGCUGACCGUAGACGACGCUCAAGUGGCGACGCAGCGGCUGGAUCUUGCAUCGGCUGAGAGUGGGUGCUAUUGCGGCAGUAUGCUCACCAAAUCGCUAGGGACGACUGGAUCACCGAAGGGGGUGAGCGUGACACAUGGGAACGUCACCAAUCUCAUCUGCUUGUCUCCUGGCAAUCUGAGAAUUCGCCCAGGAACGAAAGUUGGCCAGGUGCUCAGCAUUAGCUUUGAUAUGGCUGCAUGGGAGAUUCUCGGAUGCCUCUGUAAUGGAGGAACGCUCCUCAUCAGGAGCUCUGAAUGGGAUCAGACUUUGCGAGAGAUCGAUACCCUCAUCUGCACGCCGGGUAUACUCUCUCGGUAUACCCCUGAGCAGUAUCCGAACAUCAAAACGGUAGCAACAGCUGGAGAACCAAGUUGGCAAAGUUUGGCGGACCUCUGGGCAUCUCACGGAACCUACUACAACUGCUACGGGCCAACCGAGACCACAAUUGUCAAUACAAUGUCCAAGCACAUCCCUCGCCAACCAUUGUCAAUUGGUCGUCCUACACCGAACAACAACGUAUACAUUCUUGAUUCUGACCUUAACCCAGUCCCGCAUGGCGAAGUGGGAGUCAUCUGGGGUGGCGGACGUGGUGUCUCGGCUGGUUAUGUUGACCAGCCUGACAAGACCGCGGAGAAGUACAAGUUUGAUUCGGUUGCUAACGAUGGCGCUUUGAUGUAUAAUACUGGCGACCUCGGCCAGUGGCGCCCAGACCGACAGAUCGACAUCUUGGGACGUGUUGAUGACCAGGUUAAGAUUAAAGGAUUUAGAGUGGAACUCGACGGCGUUUCUGCGUCAUUAUGUGCGGCUCCGGAAGUGUCUCAGGCAGUUGCCCUCCUUUUCGAAGACCAGAUUCAUGGGUUCGUGAGCCCCAAGUCCUGCGACUCCCAAGAGAUUUUCCAUCAUCUCCGGACUUGCCAACCCUACUAUGCUGUCCCCAGUCAGCUUCACUUGUGCGAUGAUCUGCCAAGGACAACCAACGGCAAAAUCGACAAGGCGGCACUUCGGAAAUUUGUUCUCGAACUCCAAAGCAGCCAUGACGGUUCUAGCACUUGCUCAAGAUCCAAGGCAGAAUUGGAGACUUCCUCAUCAGACCAAAGUUUGGAUGCGUUGUCUGAGAGUCCGAACCUUUCUAGCGACAUCAAGGAGAAGGACUUGACUCAGCCUUGGCGGGGUCUCAUCCACCGCGUACUUAUCCCUUAUCGAUCUCUCUUCUCGAUCGUGGCCAUCGGCAAUAUGGGUGCACUUAUUGCGACGCUAUCUCAAGAUAUUAACAAAGAUUGGCUGAGCACCAUGACCGCAAUCAACCUCACCAUUGCCGUUCUGGUCCGCCAGGACUUCAUCAUCAACCUCCUCUACACGAUAUUUUGUUCGGUUCCCAAGUCUUUCCCGCUAUGGAUUCGCGCGUCUUGCGCUAAGAUCUACCAUUUAGGAGGCGUUCACUCCAGUGCUGCAAUCUGCGCCGGCAUGUGGCUGCUGGCAUCUGCCCUUGUCAACGUUGCCUGCGGCACGGCGAAUCUUUGCACGUCGUUACCGCGUCAAUCUCUCGCAGUAACAGUGAUAUCAUGGGUGCUUAUUGCCUUAUUCUGUACCAUGAUUGUCAUCGCCUACCCAACCAUCCGAAAAUCGCGCCAUGACCUCUUCGAGCGAACCCACCGGUUUGUGGGCUGGACAAUGCUCUGUCUGUUCUGGAUCCAGACCUUCCUCGCCAUCAACGACCAUAGGUCACCAGACACAACGCUUGGCAACGCAGUGGUCACCACGCCAAGCUUCUGGCUUAUCGUAAUUUCCACAUGCAGCGUCGCUACUUCCUGGCUCUUCCUCCGCAGAGUCCCGGUCGAGGCUGACGUGCUAUCAAAUCACGCUGUUCAGCUACACUUUGACUACACUGUCCCGGUGAAUGGUUCAUUCGCGCGCAUUUCAUUCAGGCCACUCAUCGAGUGGCAUUCCUUCGCUACCAUCCCGGCACCGGAAGUCAUUGGCCUACGCCCGAAGGGCUACUCGCUUGUGGUGUCUAACGCCGGCGACUGGACGAAGCAGUGUAUUAAGAAGCCGCCGACGCAUAUCUGGGUCCGGGGCGUGCCCACGUGCGGCGUCAUGCGCAUCGCGACGCUAUUCAAUAGCGUCGUAGUGAUCGCUACAGGGUCAGGAAUCGGGCCGUGUCUCGGCCAUAUCCAGAACCCAUCAUGUCCGACGAAGGUCAUCUGGUCAACGAAGACACCUGAGACGACUUUUGGGCAGGGCCUCCUCGAUACCAUUAAGGAUAAGAUCCCUGAUGCAGUGAUCCAUGACACAAAGACUAAUGGCAGACCGGACUUAGUUAGGAUGGGGUAUAAUUUGGCAACAGCUCAUCAGGCCGAGGCGGUGAUUAUUAUUGCAAAUGAGAAGAUCACGAAGCAGGUUGUCUAUGGGCUGGAAACAAGAGGAAUCAACGCGUACGGUGCUAUCUGGGAUAGCUAG